AUGGCAUCCAACCUCAGUGCUCACUUGCAGCACUCCUUUUCGGCGCCGGCGCUCCGGUCAUACCUCGCCGAGUUCAUCUCAACCUUCCUCUUCGUGUUCGCCACCGUCGGCUCCGCCGUCUCUGCCAGGAUGCUGACGCCGGACGUCACGUCCAACGCCUCGUCCCUGGUGGCCACCGCCGUGGCCCAGGCGUUCGCGCUCUUCGCCGCGGUGUUCAUCGCGGCCGAUGUCUCGGGCGGCCACGUCAACCCCGCCGUCACCUUCGCCUUCGCCCUCGGCGGCCACAUUUCAUUUCUGACCGCCGCCCUCUACUGGGCAUCCCAGUUGCUCGGCUCCACCUUCGCCUGCUUCAUCGUCCACGCCAUCUCCGCCGGCCAGGCCGUCCCGACGACAAGAAUAGCCGUGGAGAUGACCGGGCUCGGCGCGGGGAUCAUGGAGGCGAUGGCCACGUUCUUGGUGGUGUACAUGGUUCACGCGGCGUGCGACCCGCGGGCGGGCGGGAGGAGGGGCACCGCGGCGACGGCGAUGGGGUCUCUGGUCAUCGGGCUCGUCACCGGCGCGUGCGUGCUGGCCACGGGCUCGCUCACCGGCGCGUCCAUGAACCCCGCGCGCUCAUUCGGGCCGGCGGUCGUCAGCGGGGACUUCAAGAACCAGGCCGUGUACUGGGCGGGGCCAAUGAUCGGCGCGGCUGCUGCGGCGCUGGUGCACCAGAGCUUGGUGUUCCCGCCGGUGCCUGCCCCGUUGCAAGGAACUGUGGACUGUGGAGACGGUGGCUGUGUGAUCUGA